GGCCCCGCGGCGAUUGGCUCCGCCCCGCGUCAAUCACCGUGAGGGCGCCGCCGCCAUGGCCGCGUACCGGCUGCGGGUCCGCACCGGAGCCGCUCCCGGCGCCGGCACCAGCGACGCCAUCGCCGUGACGCUGCUGGGGAGCCGCGGCCGCAGCGCCAGGACCCCGCUGGACCGCUGGGGACCCGACUUCCACUGCGGCGCGGUGACAGAGUACCAGGUGUGCGCGCCCCGCCCCCUGGGCCGCCUCCUCCUGCUCCAGGUGCACAAGGGGCCCUGCGGGGGCCUCCCCGAGAGCUCCUGGUACCUGGAGAGCGUCACCGUGUGGGGACAGCGCGGGGACACCGGGGACACCCCCGGGGACACCCCCGGGGACAGCGGGGACAGCGAGGACAGCGCUGGGGACAGCGAGGACAGCGAGGAGGACGAGGAGGAGGAUGAGGAGGAGGAAGGUGACAGCGAGGAGGAGGAGGUGACGGAGGAGGAGGAGGAGGAAGGGACAGGUGACACCGAGGGGACAGGUGACACCGAGGGGACAGGUGACAGCGAGGAGGAGGAGGAGGAGGAGGAGGAGCUGGAGGAGGAGGAGGAGCCCGAGGACAGCGAGGGUGACGUCGGCGCUGCCACGGCAGGUGACCCCGAUGACGUCGCUCACCUGGGGCCCUUCCACUUCCCCUGCUACCGCUGGCUCGAGGGCUACGGCACCUGGGAGCUGCCCGAGGGCACAGCCACCACGCCGGCCAUGGAGCGCCACCCGCGGCUGCAGCGGCAGCGCCGCCGACACCUGGUGCAGCAACGGCGGCGCUACAGGCUGGCCCCGUUUGCCCCCGGCCUGCCCUGGGCGCUGCCCCUGGGGACGCCGCUGGAGCCCGACCUGAGCUACUCGCUGGCCAAGGCCUCGGCCUUCUACCUGCGGGGCAGCGCCGCGAACCUGGAGGCCAAGCUCCGCGGGUUCCUGGCCCGGCCCAGCUCGUGGCCCAGCGUGGAGGCCAUGAGCCGCGUGUUCCGCAGCUUCCACACGCCCGUCACCGAGUACGUGCUGCGGCACUGGCAGGAGGACGCGUUUUUCGGGGAGCAGUUCCUGAGCGGGGUGAACCCCGUCCUGCUGCGCCGCUGCCGCCGCCUGCCCCCCAACUUCCCCGUCAGCGAGGCCAUGGUGGCCCCGAGCCUCGGCCCCGGCACCUCCCUGCGCCGCGAGAUGGAGGCAGGGAACAUCUACCUGGCCGAUUAUGGGGUGCUGCAGGGGCUCCCCACGGCGCUCAUCGACGGCCGCCCCACCUUCGUGGCCGCCCCGCUCUGCCUGCUGCACCAGCGCCCCGACGGGGACCUGCUGCCCCUCGCCAUCCAGCUCUCCCAGGAGCCAGGCCCCGCUGCGCCGGUGUUCGUGCCGCAGGACCCGCCGUGGCUCUGGGCGCUGGCCAAGGCCUGGGUGCGCAGCGCCGAGUUCCAGGUGCACGAGGGGCUGACGCACCUGCUGCGGGCUCACCUGCUGGGAGAGGUGUUCGCCCUGGCCACGCUGCGCCAGCUGCCCCCCCAGCACCCCCUCUUCAAGCUCCUCGUGCCCCACACCCGCUUCACGGUGCAGAUCGGGGUCCUCGCCCGGCGCUUCCUGCUCAACCCCGGGGGGGUCUUCGACCGGGCGGUGGCGCUGGGCAGGCGGGGGCUGCUGGCGCUGGUGGCGCGGGGGCUGCGGGCGCUGCGCUGGCGCUCGCUGGUGCUGCCGCGGGACCUGCGACACCGCGGGGUGGCGGCCACCAAGCGCCACCACUUCGGCUGCGACGCCACCAAGGUGUGGCGGGCCAUCCGCAGGUUUGUGUCCCAGCUCCUGGCUCUCUAUUACCCGUCCGACGGCGCCGUCCGGGAGGACCCCGAGCUCCAGGCCUGGGUGGGAGAAAUCUUCACCAGGGGCUUCCUGGGCAGGAGGAGCUCAGGGGUGCCCUCCCGCCUGGACUCCGUGCGCGGCCUCGUCACCUUCGUCACCACGGUCAUCUACACCUGCUCCGCCCACCACGCGGCCACCAACAGCGGCCAGUUUGAGCUGUCGGCGUUCCCCCCGAACGCCCCCGCCGCCAUGCGGGAGCCCCCUCCCCGCUCCAAGGCCGCGCUGAGCGAGCAGGAUUUCCUGGCGGCGCUGCCGGCCAUGAACACCACGGCCACGGUGCUGGCCGUGCUCUGGGUGCUGAGGAACGAGCCCAUGGACAUGCGCCCGCUCGGGCACUACCCCGACCGUCACUUCACCGAGGCUCCCGCCCGGCGCCUGAUCCGGCGCUUCCGGCGCCGCCUGCGCCGAAUCUCCCGGGAGAUCCGGGCCCGGAACGCGACGCUGGAGAGACCCUACCCCUACCUGGACCCCGAGAACAUCGAGAACAGCGUGGCCAUCUGAGAAACAACCAAAAACAGCCCAAAAACAGCCCAAAACAGCCCAAAAAUAGCCCAAAAACAGCCCCAAAACAGCCAAAAAACAGCCCAAAAACAGCCCCAAAAACAGCCCAAAAACAGCCCCAAAAACAGCCAAAAAACAGCCCAAAAACAGCCCAAAAAACAGCCCAAAAACAGACCAAAAACAGCCCAAAAAACAGCCCAAAAACAGACCAAAAACAGCCCAAAAACAGCCCCAAAACAGCCCCAAAAAUACCCAAAACCAGACCAAAAACAGCUGAAAAAUAUCCCCAAAAUUAUCCCCAAAAAUGCCCCUACCUGGACCCCGAGAACAUCGAGAACAGCGUGGCCAUCUGAAACACAACCAAAAUACCCCAAAAAACAGCCAAAAAUAUCACAAAAUAAUCCCAAAUAAUCCCCAAAAUAUCCCAAAACCAGCCCAAAAAUAUCCCUAAAAAUAUGCCAAAAACACACAAAAAUUAUCCCAAAAAAUAUCUCAAAAUACCCCAAAAUACCCAAAAAAAUACCCCAAAAUAGCCCAAAAUAUCCCAAAAAAACCCAAAAUCCCCCAAAAUUGACCCCAGGCUCGAGACCAGCGUGGCCACAUUGGGGGGGAGGUUCCCAGUAUGGCACUGGUCUGAACUGGGAGCCGUUACUGGUCUGAACUGGGAGCUGUUACUGGUCUGAACUGGGGGCUGUUACUGGUUUGUACUGGUGUGUACUGGGGGCUGUUACUGGUUUAUACUGGGAGCUGUUACUGGUCUGUACUGGUCUGUACUGGUGUGCACUGGGGGCUGUUACUGGUUUGUACUGGGAGCUGUGACCGGUGUGUACUGGGGGCUGUUACUGGUCUGAACUGGGAGCUGUUACUGGUUUAUACUGGGAGCCAUGACCGCUGUGUACUGGUCUGAACUGGUGUGUACUGGGAGCUGUUACUGGUCUAUACUGGGGGCUGUUACUGGUCUGUACUGGGAGCUGUUACUGGUCUAUACUGGGAGCUGUUACUGGUCUGUACUGGGAGCUGUUACUGGUGUGUACUGGUUUAUACUGGGAGCUGUUACUGGUCUAUACUGGGAGCUGUUACUGGUCUGUACUGGGAGCUGUUACUGGUCUAUACUGGGAGCUGUUACUGGUCUGUACUGGGAGCUGUUACUGGUGUGUACUGGUUUAUACUGGGAGCUGUUACUGGUCUGUACUGGGAGCUGUUACUGGUCUGUACUGGGAGCUGUUACUGGUGUGUACUGGUUUAUACUGGGAGCUGUUACUGGUCUAUACUGGGAGCUGUUACUGGUCUGUACUGGGAGCUGUUACUGGUGUGUACUGGUCUGUACUGGGAGCUGUUACUGGUCUGUACUGGGAGCUGUUACUGGUCUAUACUGGGAGCUGUUACUGGUCUGUACUGGGAGCUGUUACUGGUGUGUACUGGUUUAUACUGGGAGCUGUUACUGGUUUAUACUGGAGCCUUACUGGUGUCAAUAAAGGUGUCGCUGGA